UAAAUUAAAAGUUGCAUAUCUUUUAAAUUAUACGCUGGCUUCUCAUUUUCUCUCUUUCCUCACUUCCUUACUUUGAUUACCCUUUUUAUAUAUCACAAAAAUUUUGCAGUCUUUCUUUCAGACGCAAGCAGCAGGCACCUGUCCUAGAAACAGAGAUCUUCUCAAGUUAGUUAACUAACGGUUUUUGCUAUCCCCAUUUUGCCCUUUCAUUCUUCUUCUUCUCCUUCAUCGGAAGAUGAUUAGUUGGAACGAUCUUUACACCGUUUUAACGGCGGUGAUCCCACUGUACGUUGCUAUGAUCUUGGCUUACGGCUCCGUCCGUUGGUGGAAAAUAUUCACCCCCGACCAGUGCUCGGGUAUCAACCGCUUUGUCGCCAUAUUUGCCGUUCCUCUCUUGUCUUUCCACUUCAUUUCCACCAAUGACCCUUAUGCCAUGAACUUCAGGUUCAUAGCAGCCGACACCCUUCAAAAGCUCAUCAUGCUCUUCGCUCUUGGAUUGUGGACUAAUUUAACAAGGAACGGAAGCCUAGAAUGGAUGAUCACCAUUUUCUCUUUAUCUACUCUCCCCAACACUCUAGUCAUGGGCAUUCCUCUUUUAAUCGCUAUGUACGGUCCCUACUCCGGGAUGCUCAUGGUCCAAGUCGUGGUUCUCCAGUGUAUCAUUUGGUACACCCUUCUUCUUUUCCUUUUUGAGUACCGCGGUGCCAAAAUCCUCAUCAUGGAGCAGUUUCCCGAAACUGCAGCUUCCAUUGUUUCUUUCAAAGUUGAUUCCGAUGUGGUUUCACUUGACGGCCGCGACUUCCUCGAAACCGACGCUGAAAUCGGGGAAGACGGCAAGCUACACGUUAAGGUCAGGAAAUCUAAUGCUUCCAGGAGGUCUUUGGGGCCUUGUUCCCUUCCUGCAUUGACUCCCAGGCCUUCCAACCUCACCGGAGCUGAAAUCUACAGUUUGAGCUCUUCAAGGAACCCCACGCCAAGAGGUUCCAAUUUCAACAACUCCGACUUUUACUCCAUGAUGGGUGUUCAAGGGUUUCCUGCAAGACACUCCAAUUUCGGUCCAGCUGAUUUAUACUCUGUUCAAUCCUCUAGAGGACCUACUCCAAGGCCAUCCAAUUUUGAAGAAAACAAUACAGUAAUGUCUCCACGGUUCGGAUUUUAUCCAGCACAGACUGUUCCUUCAUCCUACCCUGCUCCAAACCCUGAAUUCUCAUCCGUCACGAAGAACGCUAAAGCUACCCAACAACAACAGCAGCAGCCAGUUCAACCACAGCAGCAGCCUAAGGAGAAGGAGAAUAAUAAAGAGAAUCAUGAUGCCAAGGAAUUGCACAUGUUUGUGUGGAGUUCAAGUGCUUCGCCGGUUUCAGAAGGCGGAGGUCUCCAUGUCUUUGGUGGUACAGAUUUCGGAGUGUCCGAGCAAUCUGGACGGUCUGAGCAGGGUGCUAAAGAGAUAAGGAUGUUGGUCGCAGAUCACCCUCAAAACGGGGAAAACAAAGCUUGUGAAGGCAUGGCAGGCAGUGGUGACGUUAAUGGAGAGGACUUUAGCUUUGCUGGAAGAGAUGGGGAAGAGGAGAGAGAAAAGGAAGGACCCAAUGGUCUCAAUAAGUUGGGGUCUAGUUCAACGGCCGAGUUGCACCCUAAAGCCGCCGGAGGGCCGGAGUCUGGCGUAGGCAAACAAAUGCCGCCGGCGAGUGUAAUGACCCGCUUAAUCUUGAUCAUGGUCUGGCGCAAGCUUAUACGAAACCCCAACACAUAUUCCAGUCUCAUCGGGCUUGUUUGGUCCCUAAUUGCUUUCAGGUGGCAUGUGAGUAUGCCGAAAAUAAUAGAGAAGUCUAUCUCCAUCCUGUCAGAUGCUGGACUAGGAAUGGCCAUGUUUAGCUUAGGUCUGUUUAUGGCACUGCAACCCAAGAUCAUCGCUUGUGGGAACUCUGUAGCUACAUUUGCCAUGGCCGUUAGGUUCUUAACCGGUCCGGCUGUCAUGGCUGCCGCUUCGAUUGCAGUAGGGUUGCGCGGCACACUCCUCCGUGUCGCCAUUGUUCAGGCGGCUCUGCCACAAGGAAUUGUACCAUUUGUGUUCGCCAAGGAAUACAAUGUCCACCCUGCAAUUCUUAGCACUGCGGUUAUCUUUGGGAUGUUGAUAGCAUUACCGAUAACGCUGGUGUACUACAUUCUUCUAGGAUUGUGAGGGUACUUUCAUAGUAAGCCAGAGAUAUGAAUGGGAGUUUUCCAGGGCUUGAUAGAAUUGAUCAAAACCGGAUUAUGUUGUUAAUUAACAUGAGGAUAUUCCGGGAAAGAAGAUUUUAGUACAAGAAAAAGAAAUUGUCACAAGGGUUCCAAAACCAUUGGAGCUAACCUAGCUAAAGAUAUUUGACUUAGUAAUGUGUCCUCCCUGAUUUAAGGGAUCAUGCCCCCAUGAGAAGCCAAGUUUAUCCAAUUUCCUAGAGUAAUUUUGAGGAGAAGAAAAGAAGGCCAAUCCUGCAUAAGGGAGACAAUGAAGAGGAAAAUGGGGGCAAACAAAGCUGGUCACUUCAUAUCUAAUUAAUUCACUUUUAAUCUCCCUUAUGCUUUUAUUGUAAAGUUCGAUUUCAUUCUAAUGAAAGCUGCCGAGGGUUUUCCUUUUUUUUU